AUGAUUUCUAUUAUAUUGAUAUUUGCAUUCGCUACUCAUGUAUAAACCUAAGUUAAGCUUGAGAAUCCAAUUCAAGAUUUAAAAAUAAUUGAACUAGAGAAAAAAAAUGAUGAAUCAAUUGAAAUGAUUCCAGAAUAAACAAAAAGAGUUGUACAAUAUAAUGAUUCUAAAACCACAAUUGGAAUGAAAGUGAAAUCAAACAAUGAAUCUUUAUUGAGAUGCAAUUCAUAUGAUAAAAAUAUUCUCUUUGAACCGCACAUGAUAAAUGAAAUUAAAUUACUAUAUCCAUCAACCAAUUCAUAUUAUACUGAUGAGUCUUUAAAAAUAAACAGAACUGCUAAUGUUAAUGACCCUGAUUUUAUUAUGAAGAAUCCAGUUUUAGUUGGAUUAGCAAAUACAACAUCCCAAGGGCUUAUUGUUUUAACAAGCAAUCAUCUCUUAUAUUUAUUUUAGCUUCAAUUUUCAAAAUUAUCUAAUAAGUUUUCGAUUAAAUCAAACUAAACAUUUAAUUUUAGUGAUUUUAGAUAAACUUAAUAUGAACCUAUUUAACCACAACUAAUUUGGUUUGAUUAAAAGUCAUGUGUUUUAAUAGUAUUCCCAUAAUAAAUUAUUAUUGGAAAAUUAUAAGAUGGUUAAUUUACAUUCAAGAAUAGCAAUAUAUCUAUUUCGAAUGAAGAAGAAUAUAUUGGAAUGGCCAAAAUUUAUAAAGAUUAUUUAUUUGUUGCUAGAGGAAGAUCAGGAAUAGACAUUUAUUCAAUUAAUGAAAAAAAUUAAUUAAUUUAAAAUUAAAAUCUUUAUAGUUAACUAUCAAAUGAUAUCUAAAAUAUGUUUAUAUAUGAUUUUGACUUUGGUGGAUUUGAUAAUAAUUAUAUCUUUAUUCUUGAUAAAUAUAAAGGAUUAAUGAUAUAUUCAAUAUAAAAUUAACCAUUUACUUUAACUAAAUGGUUAGAUUCAAUAUAAGAAAUUAAAGGAGCAAAAUUAAUUAAAUCAUACUAAAAUGUUAUCAUGAUAAUGGUCGAACACAAUUCAUAUAAUUAUAUUUUAGAAUAUUGCAUAUAUUCAUAAGACAAUAAGUUAUUUUACAUUAAAACUCAUUAUUUAGAUGAAAAAUUCUUUGACAUUGAAAUUGUAGAUCAAUUUGCUAUAGUCAGAGGCUAUGAUGGUCAUAAAAUAAUAUAUCAUUCUAUUCAUGAAGGAUUUUAAGUAAAUUAUAAUUCUCCAAUUACUGAUGAGUCUUGGGAGGAUGGAACAGAAGUUUAAGAAGAUAUUGCAUAAUAUGCAAUAAUUCCUUAAAUGUAAUCAUUCUAUUUGACUACUCAUUCAAAUUAAGUAUUCAUUUUUAUUAUUUCUAGAACUUUUUAGUUGCUACAUCUUUUAGAAGUCUUAUGUUUAUUAGAUUUAUUAGGGUUGAACCAUAUGUAGAAUGUAAAUUAACUAAAUUAGCAACUAAAGAUAGCCAAAUAACAGUUAAUGCAGUACUAAAUUCUACUUGGUGUAAAGAAAAAUUUUAAUUGGAAUUAAUUAAAAAUUAAUCAUUCUAUUCUGAUUUAAUAAUGUGCAAAAAAGAAAUAGAUUUCAAUAUUAAAGUUAUCAAUACUUUUGAAGAAGAAAAAACCAAUUAUUAUUUUUUGGUUGCAAUAGUAAUUGUUUCAUUAAUCUUAUUAUGCUUUUUACUUAUUGCAUUAAGAAUAUAUUUUGCCAAAUCUAGAUAAGAAUAACUAAAUCUUACAAAUGUAAUUGAUCAAUUAGGAAAAAAAGGAUAUACUGCAGAAAAAUCAUAAGAUUAGAUAUCAGGUUUUUGA